GCGCCCUCGCCUCCCGCGCCGCCGCUGCCGCCGCAGCCGCUGUCCGCCUAGCGCCCAGUCCCUGUGCGCCCAGAGGAUCCCUGCAGUCCGCAUCUGCCUGAACACCCGCCUUCCACCUGAACCCUCCACCGGCGACGCGUUUGACUAGCCGGUGCCUGCCUCCACCUUCCCGGUCAUCUCCUCUUCCCUACUCACGCCUCUCUAGUCUUGGCUAGAGUCGGGAAGGAAGGAGAUGCCCAGGGUCUCUGGGGCGCUCCCUCCAGCCCAACUCAGCCGCACCCAUCUUUAGAAGGUGCUUGGGACAGCCACUCUCGGGCUCCUGCUUAAACAUCCUCUAGCCUCAGUCUUUGCUGAGAUCCCCGACCCAAGCCUUCUCCGAAGGGGCUAAGGUCCUUCUGGUCGUGUCCCUCAUGGCCAAGCCUCUGCUGCUAGUUCUUUGCUUCUCUCUGAUUGCGGCACAGGUCUGGGGGUCCAGCACUCCUCCAACAGGGACCAGCGAGCCUCCAGAUGAACAGACGGUGGCUCCUACAGAGGAUGAGAUUCUGCAAAAUGAGGCGGAUAACCAAGAGAACGUUUUGUCUCAGUUGCUGGGGGACUAUGACAAGGUGAAAGCCGUGUCUGAGGGUUCAGAUUGUCAGUGCAAGUGUGUGGUGAGACCGCUGGGCCGAGAUGCCUGCCAGAGGAUCAAUGAGGGAGCAUCCAAGAAGGAAGACUUUUACACUGUAGAAACCAUCACUUCAGGCUCAUCCUGCAAAUGUGCCUGUGUCGCGCCUCCAUCUGCCCUCAAUCCCUGCGAGGGAGACUUCAGGCUCCAGAAGCUGCGGGAAGCAGACAGCCGAGACUUGAAGCUCUCCACCAUCAUAGAUAUGCUGGAAGGAGCUUUCUAUGGCCUGGAUCUCCUGAAACUGCAUUCAGUCACUACCAAACUGGUGGGGCGAGUGGAUAAACUGGAGGAGGAAGUUUCUAAAAACAUCACCAAGGAAAAUGAACAAAUCAAAGAGGACAUGGAAGAAAUUCGAACUGAGAUGAAUAAGCGAGGCAAAGAGAACUGCUCUGAUAACAUUUUAGACAGCAUGCCAGACAUCCGCUCAGCACUGCAGAGGGAUGCAGCAGCAGCCUACGCCCACCCAGAGGAGCAGUAUGAAGAGCGGUUUCUGCAGGAAGAAACUGUGUCUCAGCAGAUCAACUCCAUUGAGCUCCUGCAGACUCAACCCCUGGCCCCACCUGAGGUGGUGAAGCCUCAGCGACCCCUUCAUAGGCAGGUCCAUCUGAGGGGCCGGCCAGCCUCCAAGCCCACCGUCAUCCGGGGCAUCACCUAUUAUAAAGCCAAAGUCUCUGAGGAAGAAAAUGACAUUGAAGAGCAGCAAGAUGAGCUUUUCAGUGGUGACAGUGGCGUGGAUUUGCUGAUUGAAGAUCAGCUCCUGAGACAUGAUGACCUGCUGGCCAGUGCCACCCGGAGACCAGCAGCUACCAGUCAUGGCCCUGUUGUAACAACUGACCCGAAUAUCCAGACCACACCCCUGUCCUCAGCACUGCCGCAGGCCUCGACCUCAGCACCUGGCCUCACCGAGCCCACUCUCCAGGCCUCAGCUGAACAACUCUCAACAACUCUCCAGGCCACCUCAGGGUUUCCAGACCACAGUGGGGAGCUACCUCCUACUCAGGUCCCACCCACCACUGUGGCCCACACAGCCACCCAGCAGCCUCCAGUCUCAGCUUCUCUGGCAUUGGCUCCAGGAGACACAUUUGUGGAAGGGACACAAAUAGUCCCAUUGCCUCCCACUACAGUCAGGACAAAUUCCCUGGGAAAAGAUGUAACUACUAGGCAAGGUGCAACCCUUGCUAGCCCCACCCUGAGCCCUGAAGAAGAAGAUGACAUCCGGAAUGUCAUAGGAAGGUGCAAAGACACCCUGUCCACAAUCACAGGGCCAACCACUCAGAACACAUAUGGACGGAAUGAAGGAGCUUGGAUGAAGGACCCCUUAGCCAAAGACGAGCGAAUUUAUGUAACCAACUAUUACUACGGCAAUACCCUGGUAGAAUUCCGGAACUUGGAAAACUUCAAACAAGGUCGCUGGAGCAAUUCCUACAAGCUCCCAUACAGCUGGAUCGGCACAGGCCACGUGGUGUACAAUGGCGCCUUCUACUACAACCGGGCCUUCACUCGCAACAUCAUCAAGUACGACCUGAAACAGCGCUAUGUAGCUGCCUGGGCCAUGCUCCAUGAUGUUGCCUAUGAGGAGGCCACCCCCUGGCGGUGGCAGGGCCAUUCAGACGUGGACUUUGCUGUGGAUGAGAAUGGCCUAUGGCUCAUCUACCCAGCCCUGGAUGAUGAGGGUUUCAGCCAGGAGGUCAUUGUCCUGAGCAAGCUCAAUGCCAUGGACCUGAGCACACAAAAAGAGACCACGUGGCGCACAGGGCUCCGGAGAAAUUUCUAUGGCAACUGCUUUGUCAUCUGUGGGGUGCUGUAUGCUGUGGACAGCUAUAACCAGCGGAAUGCCAAUAUCUCCUAUGCCUUUGACACCCACACCAACACACAGAUUGUCCCCAGGCUGCUGUUUGAGAAUGAGUACUCCUAUACUACCCAGAUAGACUACAACCCCAAGGAUCGCCUCCUCUAUGCCUGGGACAAUGGCCACCAGGUCACCUACCAUGUCAUCUUUGCCUACUGACACCCUCGUCCCUGCAAAAAGAAGCACAGAGGGGCCAUUUGCACCUUGUGUGUGUGUGUGUGUGUGUGUGUGUGUGUGUGAUUGUGUGUAUGAGCUUGUAGAUGGGUGUUGUUUAAAAAUAUAUAUUAUUUUGUAUAAUAUUACAAAUGUAAAAUGACAAUUUGGGUCUAUUUUUUUUAUAUGGAUUGUAGAUCGAUCCAUACAUGUAUGUGCUGGUCUCAUCUUCUACAGUUUAUAUUUUUGUGCAAAUGAACUUCUCCUUUUGACCAGUAACCACCUUCCUUCAUGCCCUCCAUCCCUCCAGCUCUCAGAACCCCAAAAUCAAAAGGUUUCUUAGUUUGGGUCUUGUGAACAGACAGAUUACCAGGAGUGGGAAUGAAGGAGGCAAGAAAGAAGUGCUCAGUGGUGGGAAAAAAGUUUUAUGUAUUGGAGAAGUUUUAAAAACCCAGAAAAAUGCUUUUUUUUUUUUUUUGGAAUAAAGAAGAAUUUUAAAAUCCUCCUCCAGUGCGUUUUUGUUUAGGAGGAAUGUGUCUGGUCAGGUAUUGGAUCCCUCUCCCAGGAGGUGCUAUCUGGUGUAAUUCACAAAUGUUCUCUUGCUGAAUGGUCUGUGUCCAAGUUCAGGUCCAAGGGACUCUCUCUCCCCUCCUGAGGGUUUUUUUUUUCUCAUGGGUGGAUUUGGAAUGAACUGACCCUUGUGUUCUCUUCAAUUUUUCAACACUGAUUCCUUCAUUUCUCUUCUAGUCACACCAACUUUUUUGCUCUUGCUGUUCUGCCUUUUUUUUCCCUGAUCAUUUUACCCAAGAUGUAGGAACCUAUUUAUUCCUUAGUCCUUUUGCACAUUGCCUGGUGUUAGGGCACUGUCGAAAAUGUAAAGCUGAGUGUGAUGUCCCUGCCAUACCUUAAGAAGCUUUCAGUCUAUCAGUCUCUCUCUGUCUCCAUAAUCCUGCCCUCUGCCUCAUACCAAACAUUCUAUUAACCAGAAUUUUCCUUUUCACCUUCCCACCCAGGAAAGGGACCCAGUUUUGAAACAAGGUCCCUGAGCAGAAGGGAAGAAUCACAGCCCCUUCCAGUGCAAGACUAAGUAACUCUGUGUAGCACUGGAAGUGGACUUUUUCUUCCCCAGUACAUGCAGCAGGAGAAAAACACCUGAAGAUGCUUUAACAAGCAUGGUCUGAGGGGUGUGGGGAGGAAGACAGAGCCUGGGGAUGAGGCGGGGAGAUAAGCACAUCACUGCUGCUGCCCUAACUUUAGGGAGCAGCUGCCAUCUACUUAUCCUUCACAGACCUCAGACCCUCUCCCCUCCACCUGCCUGUCAAUCACUGUGCUGCUCAUGUCUUGCCAAAGGGUAGAUGGCUUCCCAUCUAACCCUUCUAUUCCCACCCCAUCAGCUUUCUGUACUUAAACAUUUUCAAA